CCGCCGCCCCAUGCGCGGCCCGCGCUGAGCCCCGCCCGCCCUUCCCCGCCGGGCCGGCGCUCGCCCUCUCGCCCUCCCUUGGAUGCCGCCGAGAUGGGCAAGGUGCUGUCCAAGAUCUUCGGGAACAAGGAGAUGCGGAUCCUGAUGCUGGGGCUGGACGCGGCCGGCAAGACCACGAUCCUGUACAAGCUGAAGCUGGGCCAGUCGGUGACCACCAUCCCCACCGUGGGCUUCAACGUGGAGACCGUCACCUACAAGAACGUCAAGUUCAACGUGUGGGACGUGGGCGGCCAGGACAAGAUCCGGCCCCUGUGGCGGCACUACUACACGGGCACGCAGGGGCUCAUCUUCGUGGUGGACUGCGCCGACCGCGACCGCAUCGACGAGGCGCGGCAGGAGCUGCACCGCAUCAUCAACGACCGGGAGAUGCGGGACGCCAUCAUCCUCAUCUUCGCCAACAAGCAGGACCUGCCCGACGCCAUGAAACCCCACGAGAUCCAGGAGAAACUGGGCCUGACCCGGAUCAGGGAUAGGAAUUGGUAUGUGCAGCCCUCCUGUGCCACGACGGGGGAUGGACUCUACGAAGGGCUGACGUGGUUAACGUCCAAUUAUAAAUCCUAAUGGGAGAGGAACUAUUUAGUCUACAAAGAAUUAAAGAAACAAAACAAAAAAAUUAAACAAACAAACAAAAAAAAAAAGAAACAAAAAAAAAUUAAAAUAACCCACGUGGCUUUCCAGAAGAAUGAUUCUCUACCGAAAAGUAAAAACAAAACCGCAUCCAUAGGAUUAUGAUCACCUUUCUCCAGUUGCCACCCUUUCCUCCUGCACCCUUGGCUGGAUUCCUGUUCUAACUCCUCCUGCUUGGCGUUAGGAUGCUCUAACCUCCGAAUGUGACACGAACACAGGCACUAGAUGCUAUGGCAGACUUCCAGCAAACAGGGGAAGGACACAUUAUAGACUUGCUAAGUAACUUUUUUUUGGUUUUUUUUUUUCCUUUUUCCUCUCGUUAGCCCUUUGCUGGUUUGAUUAUUUUGGGGGAUGUUGGGGGAGGGGGUCCAUUUUCAGUGUAUGCUUUCUGGGUCUAUUUUUUGAUUAUAUAUAUUUUUUUUCUCUCUCUUCUCUCACUUUGCUGUAGAUUGCUACUUUUUUGCAUUCUUGCAGGAUAUGUUGCUAGGUCGACUUCAUCUAGUAAACUGAAAAUUGUUGCUUAAAAUCAAACUGCAGUCUGUCUUUUUAUAUUAAGGACUUUUUUUUUUUUUUUUAAAAGGAAAAAAAAGUUCUGUUAAUCUGUAACUAAACAGUGACUCAGUCUGGCUCCACGGCUCAGGCUAACGAGGGGAACUCUUGCCUGCAGUGGCACAGAGUGGGAAUUCCACUGUAACGCGUUCAAAGUGCGUGUCGGGCGCUGGGAAAUGUAAGAACUGCUUUGGAAUGGCAGCUGGGAAGUUGUGACCCAUACAUCAUGCAUGAGGAGGGAUGCAAAACCGGCUCCCCACACCACACAGCAAACCAGGCAGGAGCGGUGCUGCGGUUCCAGGGCAGGCACCGGGCAGGUUUUUUGUCUUUAAUGAGGUUUAGUUGCAGUUUUUUACUCCUUGGUGUCGCUCCUCGGGCCGGGGCUCUUUCCAGCAGAUGCAGCAAUAAAAUGUUGCAAUGAGUUUGACUUUAAAUCAGAUGUUUUGGCAAAAGUCCAGCUCUGACUUGCCUCUCGCUUCCAUCUCAAGGCAGCUGGAGACACCUAAACCUUGAAAGGAUUCCCGUUUCUUUUCAGCAACCAGAAGGAAAUUGUUGUUGUUGUUAUUAUUAUUAUUAUUGUUCUUUUUCCGUGCUGGAGCCUUGCGGAGGGGCGCGUUCCGAGCCGGGCUCUGCUCGAGCCCGGGGUUUCUGACAUCGGGAAGGGCCAUUUUGAGGAAAUCGCGGCCGGCUUUGGUUUUCCAGGGCCGGCCCGAGCUGCUGCCGUGCCCGGGGCUGCUGGAGCACCCGGAGCUGUGCUGGGUGUCCCAGCCCCGCCGAGGAACCGCUCCUGAGAGCGGGGAGGGCAGAGAGAAGGAGAAUCGACGCUGAAUGUAAACUUCCAUAAUUAGUUCUAAAAGGGCAGAGCAGCUCGUUAGCCGUGUCACAGCCUGUAGCUGGGGCUGGCCAAUCAAAAACCCCACCCAGAGCGAGUAUUUGCAUAAAAACUCAAUCAAGUAUUAAUUAACGCUGGGUGCACAAACUGUUAAAGCAGCUGGUUCUUAUUCAGCCUUAAGGAUUAACUUCAGAUUUCCUCAAGGGGUUAAAACUCCUUUGGGGAAUUCUAGGAAUGUAUGCUACAAAACCAGAAGAAAAUGGCUUUUAUUUUCCAUCUUUUCCUUAAUUGUGUUCUCUUUUCAAGAAUCUAAGUUUUACAUGGAAUUGGGGGCAUUACACUACAUUGCUGCAGUGGUGACUCUGCAUGCUGAGUACCUUGUACAUGGAGCUCUUACCAAAGAUGUAUGGGAAGAUAAAAAUCCUGAAUUCACUUCUGAAAUCCAAUGCUUUGGAGCACUUCAAAGUCCUUUUAGAGUGUGGUUCCAAAAAAAAAGACUUUUCUGGAUGUGGGUCGCAAAUGGGACUGGAUGGGUUCUUGGUGCUAGAAGAUAGAGCAUUGAUGGACUUUGUGAAUUGUAGAGAGUCUGCAGAAGCUUAAUGUAGAAAAACUCUUCCAUCUCAGCCCUAAAGAAGAGGAAGUGAGAUUAGUUUAUUUUAAUCCAAGGCUUUUUGCCAUUGGAAUAUCAUUGCUCUAUUUUCUAGCUUUUCUUUUUCUUUUCCUGUUGCUGUAACUUAAUGAACAGUGUGGUGGUAUAAAAACUUCAAAUUACAACAAUAUGGUUACUGUUUUCUUCUGGAGCAUCAAUAAAAUAGCCAAGCACAAAGUAAAUGCCUAAA